AUAUAAGCGGGCUGAGGCCGGUCGUGUGCCAGGCUCACCGGCUCACACGAGCUGAUCCAGAGCAGAAAGACGCAAAGAGACGCCUGCCGCUCGUCCUGCACCAAAACCCUCGGUCCUGUUGGAUCUGCGCUCAGAAAACUUCCGCAGACUUCAGAACAAACCCGCAUCCUGCGCUCCGACAUGGACUCCGUCUACUCUGACAUCGACAGCAACAGCUGCGACUUCUUCCCGCACACCGACGAUGAGGACUCCCUCGGCAGCCUGCGCUCCGCCUCCCCGGACUCCUCUCCGCUCUGCCCGCCGCGCUCCCCGGAGCCUGAGCAGCUGCAGCAGCAGCAGAAGAAGCGGCGCCGCGGACGCGCCCGGAGCGAUGCCACGGUGCAGGUGGUGAAGAAGAACCGGCGCAUGAAGGCCAACGACCGGGAGAGGAACCGCAUGCACAACCUGAACGACGCCUUAGACGCGCUGCGCGGUGUCCUGCCGGCCUUCCCGGACGAGACCAAACUCACCAAGAUCGAGACUCUGCGCUUUGCGCACAACUACAUCUGGGCGCUGUCAGAGACGAUCCGCAUCGCCGACCUGCAGGCGGGGAAGACCGGCGACGCUCCUCUGCUGCUGCGCUCCGCGUGCCUCGGUGAGGCCCCGAGCCCCGGCAGCGACGCCUGCUCCUGGAGCUCCAGCGGCUCUUCGUCCUCCUCCUCCCCGGCUUACUGCGCCUCCAGCCCGGGCAGCCCCGCCGCGCCGGAGGACUACAGCUACCUGCGGCAGGACGCUCUGUACGGCUUCCGCAGCUUCGUGCCGGGCAUCUACUGACCGACAGGCCGCCGGAGGAGGCCCGCAGCCCCGCAGCCCCGCGGACUCAGACCACAGAAAUGUAGAGACACUUAACGGACCCGGCGGGACGGACGGACAGUCCGGGUGCUGUGGGAAUAAGAAUCACUGUUUGCCUUAAUGAGCUCAUUUAUUUCACACGUGUCUCUGCUGACGGACUGUAAAUGAGAAUAACUUAAUUUCUUCUUGUUUGUUCUUCUUGUUUUUUAUUUCGUAUAUUUCUCCUAAAACCUUUGCACUUCCCCCCCCCCCGGCCUGCAGGUUACAGUCAGGUUUCUACACAUCACAUCUUUUUGUAUCUCAGAGGUGAAAAGUCAAUUUUACAAUUUGUAGAGUGAAAAAGCAGAAAAGAGCGUGGAAAUCGAGUCUCAACACUGUGACAAUAGAGUGAAUGGAGCUGCCCUCGUUCAUUAUGUAUCCUGCCCCCCCACCCCCACCCUUAGAUUAUUGUUGUUUUUUAUUUAUUUGACUCGUUUUGUUUCCUCACAUGAAAUCUGUAUUUUGUACAUAAAGAGAUUUUUAUUCUAUUUACUUGGAACCAGUUUUCUACAAAAUAAAGUUAUAACGUUUCUAUAAAACUGA